AUGAAUGAGACACAUGAUGGGUUCAUUCUCUUGGGUUUCUCCGAGAUACCUCAUUUUCGUCUCCUACUCUUGUUUUUCUUCUUCAUUACAUACAUCUUGUGCAUUGCAGGAAAUUUAUUUAUUUCCUUCCUUAUCCUAUUACAGCAUCAGCUACAUACCCCUAUGUAUGUAUUAAUAGGAAACUUGGCAAUGGUGGAUAUUACUUUUACCUCUAUCACUAUACCGCGGGCCUUGUAUGGGCUCCUCUCUGGAGACACCUACAUCUCCUUCCAUGGAUGUCUAGCGCAGGUUUUCUUCUUCCUGGCAGUUGGUAACAUGGAAAGUUACCUACUGGCAAUCAUGGCUUUCGAUCGAUAUGUUGCGGUCUGUCAUCCAUUGCGUUAUAUAGUGAUUAUGAAAAAUAGAGCCAUCAUAUGCCUGGUGGCCUCCUCCUGGGUCAUCGUGAGCCUCCACUCAACUUUGUACACAGUCAUGAGUGCUACUCAUUCCUAUUGCAGUUGGGAUAUUUACCAUUUCUUCUGUGAUUUACCCGUCAUCAUGUCAUUGUCCUGUCCAGAUACUGUAGGCACUGAACAAAUGAUUGUAUUUAUUGAAGGAACUACCUUCAUCUUCAGCCCAGUGCUCUUCAUCUUGGGGACUUAUAUUCUCAUCAUCCGAGCCGUUCUGAAGCUAUGUACAUCACAAGGGAGGCGGAAAACUUUCUCCACAUGCUACUCUCACCUCACCAUGGUCAUCUUGUUCUACAGUACUGUCAUAUUUAUGUAUUUUCGACCAAGCUCCUUCUAUUCUCCAACUUAUGACCGGGUGAUCAGCAUAGUGUAUAGCGUUAUUAUCCCAAUGCUUAACCCUUUUAUUUACAGCCUGAGGAACAAGGAGAUCAAGUCUGCAUUAAGGAAGAUGAUAAGUAUAAGAUUUCAUCCAAACUAG